UUGUAUUGGUAAUAACACUGAAGACGGGCCAGGCAGGAUGGACGAAGAAGGAACAGCUCGACGUGCGCCGCAUGCGGCCCACGGCGAUGCAAUCGAUGGCGAACAAGUUACGGCUACUGGGAUGUCGACAGGGGAGUUGCGGACCCACCCCGCUGCGCCGCUCCCUCCUAGCGCAACGUCGAUCGACGUGGACAUGGUCGACGACGAACACGAUGUAGGAAUCCAUGCACCACUCGACUCGGACGCCGCAAUGAGCAUGCCUGUGAGGAAGAAAAUUCGUUUGACGUUCAUGCCCGACGAGACGUGGGGAAGCGGCAACAGCACCGAUGAUGAAAAGGACAUGCAGCAACAGUUGCAAGCUCGCCUGUUUGGGCUGUUGCGAACCGGGGACUCGAAGCACUUUGCGUCGGUGUUUACACAGCAACCGCCAAAGAUUCAGCAAAUGCUCUUGAGUGUAAAGGACGACGUGGGGUUCACCCUCUUGAUGAGCGCUGUCAAGUUUGCAAAUUUGGACGCUUGUCGUGUGCUGAUAGCUCACCAUGUGGACGUGAACGAGUUGAACGACAAGAAGUGCUCGGCUCUCUUCCUGUCGGCACAGAAGGGCCUUGUUGCCAUCACCGAGUGCCUUCUUGAAGGCGGUGCAUCGUCGGAAUUCCGCAGCGCGGCGCUCGUUCCGGCCGCUCACUUCGGUCACAUCGAUGUCGUGAACCUGCUUUUGGCCCAUGGUGCUGACGCUAAUUACGCCAACCAGAAAGGCACGACUCCCUUGAUGCGUGCGGCGCAAGAAGGCCAGGCCGCCGUCGUCAAGGCGUUGCUGAACAAGCACGCCGACGCCAACGCUGCCAACAUGGAAGGCAUGACCGCGCUCAUGCUAGCGUCCCAAAGAGGUCACGCAGAUAUCGCUGACAUUCUUAUCUCGGCUGGUGCCCUAGUCGACAAGCAAACGCGCCAAGGCAGCACCGCCCUUCUGUUGGCAGCCAAGCGUGGCCAUGCCGGCGCCAUCACGACGCUCCUCACGGCAGGGGCCGACAUGUUUCUCAAGGACGAGCGGGAUAAGACCGCGUUGGACAAUGCCGCGCGGCGCGGCAACGACGAGCUCAUUCGAAUCCUCACGAUCGAGAACCAACAAGCGCUGAUGCAAAUGCGGCUGCGGAAGCUCCGAAGUUUGAUGCUGGUCAAAAUGUACACAUUGUUUCUCAGCGGCAGGGCGACCGUACGUGACCCCGAUCGUUUUGGAUGGAUCGGACAUUGCUGUCGUCUCUAGCUCGCGCCUCGUCCACCCCUUCAACGGAUGCACGACCAGUCGGUGGGCCUGAUGCCGCCCACCAUCCCUUUCCCGGCGCCACUAACGACCAACCAGUCGUACCUCGUCAAAGCAUUCGCGCUGCCCAAGUCCCUCUUCCGGGUGAUUGUAAACUUUCUCCCGCUGUGCCGCAUGUGGAGCACGCAACUGCGCAACUUGACGCACCACUUGCACAUGGACCCGAGCCACGUCGUCCACCAGGGCAUCCACAUCAUGGACGAAGUGCUGUGCGACGCCAAGCGCGACCUACCGAUCUCGAUUACCGGAGUGGGUCAACUCGUGCUCUUACGAGACUCACCCGCGUACCAGCAAGUGCUGACGACGUGGCUGCAUGCGGUGGGUGAAGUGCCGAUGCCGUUGGGACUCUUGGAAGACCUCCGCCAGCACGGCGACUUGCAAGGCGUUCUGUUGCGGUACCCCAACGUCGACGCGAUUGAGUUCGGCGUGACUGUAGCGUCCAAGGUGCUUGCCACGUUGCAAUGGCUGCUCGUGUGGGAUGAAGAGCGUCGGCGGCGUAGUUGAUCGAUAUCGACAGACUAUUUAACGCUUGUGUUGUUGCUCGUGCC